CGUACCUCGCUGUGGAGGAAUGUGCGGAAACUUCUCCGCCACUUUUCUUUCUGCGCUCUUCGUCGAAGAUUAAAAAGUGACGAACCUGGAAAAAAGAGAAGGAACCUGGAGUAAAGUUUGGAUCGGGAGAGCCGGCGCAGAGCUGAACUCGACAUGGCCGCUCAGACGGUGUUCUCGGUGGAGAUGUUUCCUGUGGGCGUUUCUCUGAUGGAGGACGGCCAGAGUCUCAGUGACAUGCCCAGGAACACGCUGCCCGCCCCUCAGCUGGUGAUGCUGGCCAAUGUGGCGGCGGUGACGGCGGCAGAGGGCGGCGGCUGCGACGGCAGCGCGGCGGACGAGAAGGAGAUGAUGGAGCUGAAGACGGUGGGAUGCAGCUACUCGGACAGCGAGGACGAGAGUGUCAUCAGGUACAGCUACGACAACCAGAACUACAGAGAGGUCUGCAUCAUCGAGUACCCCGAGUCUCCGGGCCCGAGCAUCGACGCCGUGGUCGUAGGAAACGACGAGGAGGAGCGAGAGGAGGACAACGGGGACAAAGCCGAAGACCUGUCCCGGCGCACUCAGCCUCGCCCCUCUGCCGGCACCAAAACACCUGAGCAGGGGACCAAACGCAAAGACGGCCCCACCGCGGCGCCCGAGAGCACCAAGAAGAAGAAACCCUUCCACUGCAAACCGUGUCACUUCCAGGCUCAGAACGAGCAGGAGUUCGUGGAACAUCUCGGCACCCACGGCAUCAGCAAGAUGAUGGUGGUGAACCGGGUGGAGGGCAGGAGCAAGACCAAGGCGAAGGACGCCGAAAAAGCAGACUCCCAGCCCCCGCCGAGCGGGGAGGAGCAGAGCGGCGGGGAGGCCGCGGUGACGUCAGGUGACAUCAAAGGUCUGAUCCGGUGUGAACGCUGCGGCUACAACACCAACAGAUACGACCAUUACAUCGCCCACCUGAAACACCACAGCAAGGAGGGCGAGGACCACAGGGUGUUUAAGUGCACUCUGUGUUCAUACACCACCGUCAGCCAGUACCACUGGAGGAAACACCUGAGGAAUCACUUCCCCAGCAAACUGCACACCUGCAGCCAGUGCUCCUACUUCUCCGACCGCAAGAGCAACUACAUCCAACACAUCAGGACUCACACAGGUGUUCGUCCUUUCCAGUGCCUGUACUGCGACUACUCCAGCUCGCAGAAGACCCACCUGACCCGGCACAUGAGGACUCACUCCGGUGAGCGUCCUUUCAAGUGUGAGAGUUGUAAUUACCUGGCAGCCAACCAGCACGAGGUGACCCGCCACGCCCGGCAGGUCCACAACGGCCCCAAACCUCUUUCCUGCCCGUACUGCGAGUACAAGACCGCAGACCGCAGCAACUUCAAGAAGCAUGUCGAGCUGCAUCUCAAUCCUCGGCAGUUUCUCUGCCCGCUCUGCAAGUACGCCGCCUCCAAGAAAUGCAACCUGCAGUACCACAUCAAGUCCAGGCACUCCGGCUGCAACGUGGCCAUGGACAUCUCCAAGGUCAAACUGCGUAUCAAGAAGCCUGGUCCCGACGGUGCCGAGGAAAACUCCACAGCGAGCAAGCUCGACAAUUCCUCCAGCAUUGACGAGGACUUUGACAUGGAUGAGGAAAAUGGGGACGACGACGAGGCCGUGGACUCGAGCCCGAUAAAUCUGUCCAUCAGAAAGAGCAGCCGGCCCAGCAUCGCCCAACCCGUGCAGAGUGACGCACCUGACAAGGUUCAGAAGAAAUCCAACAUCACUUCUGAGAAACUACCAAAACUGAAGGACAAGGUGGACCCGGAGAAAAAGGUCACAACAAGGCAGAAGAAGAUAGAGAAGGUCAACAAGACUCUUCUGGAGACGGGAUCUGUUAAAGUCGCCCAGACAGAGACAAUAACAGCUGCUGUAAACGCAGACGGCAAGGCAAAGAGACGAGUCAAGAAGCUGCCAGCAGAGAAGACGACUGUCCCCGAUCAAGCAGAAGCAACCGAAACAGAAAAAGACCAAGUGCAGACAUGUGACCAACAAAGGUCGGAGGAAGAAAGAGUGGUAAAGCAGAAAGUGGAGAAAGAGCAAGAAAAACUGAGACCUGAAAACGAGAAAGAACAUCAGAAGAAUGAUUGCAGUGGAAAAGAGAACAAAAGCCUGAACAAGCCAAGGAAGUCUGGACCAAAGAAGUCAGAAAAAAUACCAGAACAUGUGGAGGAAGCUCAACAGAAACCGGACAGUCCUGAGAAAAGUCACAAGGAAAAGGCAGCAAAGAGGAAAGCGGUGGAGGCUCUGGACCUUUCCAAAAAGUCUUCGUUUGACACUCCAUCCAAGGCCAGGCGGCUGAAAGCCACAGCUGCUGAGAAGCUGCGGUUGAAACCUGCUUCAGGAGACACUAAGAACGUAAAUGAUGCCGCUCCUACAUCACACAAGUCCAAUGGGACAACCCCCGUGAAGCAAAAGAAGACCAGGAGCACCAGCAAGAAAGCCACGGGCGUUCAACAAACUGUGGAUCCAACGAAAGACAUAACAACUGCUGUCAACGGUCCGUCCACAGAUGCUCCAGAAGCAUCCGCUCAGCCCAACAAACCAACACAAAUCACAAACCCUGGACCCCAUCCGACAGAAAACAGCCCUGAACAGAAGAAGGCCUUCACAGAGGAACCAGCACCAACAGAACCAGAGAAGACGAUGGAAGCUUCACCCACCUGCAGCUCAGGUGAGGACACACCUAUUCCAUCUGACGACCGUCCUGCUCCAACGUUUGUGAAACCCACAUCGCCACCUUCUCUGGUGCUGCCAGGCCAGCGAAGCAAACCAGCCGAUCCGGAGGAUGAUGAGGGUAUCCACAGCAGCCACGAAGGGGGAAGCGACAUCAGCGACAGCGCUUCUGAGGGCAGCGACGACUCCGGCCUCAACGGCAACGGCGCCGGGUCGGGUAAGAUGGCCAACGAUCCCGAAACGCCCACAGAUGAGAUCCCAACACCGACGGAGCUCAAGAGUCACAUGUGCAUCUUCUGUGACCGUACGUUCCCUUUGGAGGUGGAGUACCGGCGCCACCUGAACCGCCAUCUUGUCAACGUAUACUACAUGGACACCACCACCAAAGGACAGAAGUGAGGAUCUGUAUCCAGAGCGUCACAUUCUGAUGGACAUCCUUUAGUCACCUGGUCGUCAUCAGCAGUCUUUUCAUUUUCUUCAUAGAUAUCAAUGCAUGUUCUCUAAACGACGGUUGUAUAAAGUCACUCACAUUAAGGGAUCCCAGCACCAGUGCUGUCAGCUUUGUGAACUGUGCUAAAGCCACUUUUUCCAGCCAGCCUAAACUGGGUUUGUUAAAAACCUGUUUCAGGUUUUCAUUGUUCUGUUUGCACCGUGUCAUCUGUGGAAAACCCUUUUGUCUCACACCUUGAUGUGCUCCAGAUCCACCACACCAGUGGUUCAUGGGGGGGCCUUGUGGCACUAGUUUCCUGUUGUCUGUGGAUUACACGGUUCACUUCGAGUGGGCAGGUUCAGAUGUCACCACUAAAAUGUUCUCCAGUCAAACCAUGUGCAGUGAGAAGGAACCGAUGAGAAGUUUGUGGACAUUAAAAAAAACAACAGCACUUUGUUGUUGGUGGUCUCGUGCUGCAGCUUAGUGUGCGUCCAGAGAACAGGCUCUGGUAGGUAGGGGGGCCUUUGGUUCGGGGUUGUGUUGGCAUCUUGGACCCCAGCACGCCUGCAUGCUGGUCUAGUUUUAUGUUGUACCCACUUCACUAAGUGGCAGCUCUCUGAGACUUCAUGUCCAGCCUGUCAGGGAGUAAUGACACUUUAAAAACUCGUAACGCUGCACAUAUGUAGGUGGAUGUUUUUCUUUGUUGUCAUAGAAACCUGACACAUUAUCAGAUCGUGUGCAGCAGCAGCAGCUUCAGUGCUUUUAAUGUCUACAAAUCAGAUUUUAAAGCUUGGACCUGUUUGUAGAUCAGAUAUUUGACUGUUGAUGAUCUCAGGACCACAUCAGGUUCUUUUAACAGGAUGUCGACUGAUUUCACGUCACUUCUGAAAAGGUUCGCAUGCUGCGUCGUCCUACUAACAGAACGUUCACAGGUGAAACUGGGGCAGAAAUAUUCCCUCUGUUACAAAGCUCCGCUGUAUUAUACUGUAGUUAAGAUCUGUUCUAUGACAGGUUGAGUUUCCAGUUUCAAACAUUCAGUGCCUUUGACAAUCAAGUCUGUGUCCAGUAGUAAGUUUUUUCUGUCUCGGGCUGAAAUGAAAAGGUUGAUGUGUUUGGUUUUGGAUUGACGGUUGAAGAACUGCACGUUCUUGCGUGUUUGGUGGAAAGACCGCUUGUGUUCUGGACGAUGCGUACAGUGUGAAUAUUCGUCCAGACGACGACGUUCGAUCCGUGUCUCUGGGCUUACAGAGACAUUUCAGUAGAUUUGAUUUGUUGGUCAGAACUGAGUGCAAUAUUCCCCCUCUGAUGAGAAGCCAAAGUGAACGUGCAGUUCGUGUGUAGAUGUUUGAUUGUAAAGAAAAGUUCGUGUCCUCGCGUCUCUCUUCUGUUUUCUCUGAAGACAUGAAGGAAAUGAAACGUGUCCUCGGUUAAAGUUUGAAAAAAACAUUGAGAAUCAUCAAAUUAUGAGAAGCUCACCUUCAUCUUUUCCUCAUUGUUACAGCAGUAACAUCCUUCCCCUGUGUUCUGUUGUUCUGUAUGUUAGCAUCUAUCUGAUGACACUGAGUGAUAGUCAAGUAUAAAGUCGUGUUUUUUAGCUUUUUAUUUUUAUCAUAACUUCCUAAAACCAGCUGGGGCUGUUACUAACGAUUAUUCUCAUUAAUCUAUCAGUUCUUCUAAACAUUGAGUCAACAUUGUGUCUUCAAAUGUCCAAAGACGUUCAGUUUGCUCUAAAACCAACAAUGAAUUUCAUUAACUAAUAUUAUUAUUGAGCGUCGGGGCGUUGAUCGUCUGAAUAUUAAAGACGAGCUCUGGUUCUCGACAGUAAACCUAAAAUAACACCAUCUUUAUUCUUAAGGAGAAAAAAGAGGAUUUAGUCUUGUUGGCGGAUCAUCGGUUACUAAGCAACGGGACUGAAAACAAACUUGUCCUCCAGUAACGACACAACUGAAGUCAUUGGGUUAGUUUGUCUGCAGCUCUUCAUUGUUUAUUCUCCUCAAGCUAACAGAGACACACAAUUAAAGUUCAGUUCAUCUGUACCAUACUUUGUUCUGCUCUUUUUUUAAAUAAAGAUUUUCAAAAUCAACUCA